AUGGUAAAUGUACGACGUAUAUUUCAUCAAUGUGAAAUUGUUGGAAAACGAUUUCCCAUAUGUCGUGUGCAUGUUGACAAUACCUUUGUGGAGGUUUCAAGUUUCAAGACCUCUGCACCUAAAGCUAGUGGGUUGGUUGAAGAUGAUGUCAGAAGGCCACCAGGCUGCAAUGACAGUGAUUAUAAUCGCUGGAGAAACUGUUUGAAGCGAGACUUUACAAUGAAUGGGUUGAUGUUUGAUACAUGCAAAAAGAUUGUCUAUGACUAUCUUGGGGGACUUGAAGACAUUAGAAAAGCUAAAGUGCAGACAAUAAUUUCUGCAAAACUUGUUUUUGAGGAGGACUUCGCUCUGAUGUUACGUCUAGUCAGACUCGCUGCUCGAUUAGGAUUUCAGAUCACUAGUGAAAUAGCUCUGUCCUUGAAAGAGUUAUCUUGCUCCGUGCUGUCGCUCGACAAGAGAAGAAUCCUCCACGAAAUGAACUUUAUGCUAGCAUUUGGGUCUGGAGAAGCAUCUAUGAGGUUAUUGUGGAGGUUUGGACUUCUAAAGAUACUUCUCCCCACCCAGGCAUCUUACUUUGUUUCCGAAGGGUUUCAAGAAUCCAACAUGCUCCUGAAGUUGUUUACCAACCUUGAUAGAUAUUUGGAACCUGAUCGGCCGUGCCAUAAAAACCUAUGGAUAAGUAUAUUUGCUUUCCAUAAAGCUCUGGUUGACCACCCCCGAGAUCCAUUGGUCGUUGCUGCAUUUAGCCUCGCGGUCCAUAGUGGUGGAUCUUUGUUAGACUCCAUCGAGAAGGCGAAGAGAAUCUCCCAACUGCAUGACUCGUGCAUGAGCUUCCAUGAAUUACCAAAAUCGCAAAGGCUAGAUAAUGUUGACUUCAUGUAUCGGGUCAUCAAUCUUGCAACUUCAAUCAUAGCUAUACUACACGAUAUGACACUUGAAUAUUCUGUUCCUCAAUCAAUGAGCCAAUCCCCACAAGCGCUCAAUCUAUUUUUUGUUCCACCGGAGACUUCAGAAGAUAUAUUCAAGAUUUUUGAAUGCGCUGGAUACGGCAUGGUGUUGGGAUCUGUACCCAAGCUAGAGAAAGAGAUUAACUAUGACUUAUUGGCGCUGGGGAACUUGCAGGAGACGCGUCAUCUGUUUGGGAGGAUUGUUUUGAACACUGUUUAUCCCGAAACAAUAGUAGACCGAGAAUAGGUCAAG